AUCAUACAACGAGGUCGUUAAUUAGCAUUAUUGCGUAAUACAACUGUCGCCAUCUUGAGUUGUGAGUAAGGUGCCAUAGAAGACACGAGGCCGAAUAUAUUUUCUUUCCAACUUUUGCUAAAAUGCCUCGAGGAGACGAAAAUGGAAAAAUAUUUGUUGGCGGUCUAAGUUAUGAAACAACGAAAGAGGGACUAGAAACCUACUUCUCAAAAUUUGGUUCCAUUGGAGAUUGUGUUAUAAUGAAAGCAAAGGACCAAGAUGAUCCAAGGAUUGAGAGAUCUCGGGGAUUUGGUUUUGUGACAUUUCAUGAUCCAAGUUGUGUUCAAAAAGUCAUUGAUAGUCGUCCGCAUUACCUUGACAACAAAGAGAUUGAUCCAAAGCCAGCUGUUCCUCGAACACCAGGAAGUUUGCCGAUGCCUAUUCCAAGAACAACAGGAAGUCGAAGUUUUAAAAUAUUCAUUGGUGGUGUUGCUCAAGGAACUUCUGAAGAGGACUUAAAAUUUUUUUUCCAGUCAUUUGGGCCUGUGGCUGAUGUUUCACUGAUGAAAGAUGUAAGAACUGGAAGGAUGAGAGGAUUCGGAUUUGUUGGAUUUCAUACGGAAGAACCGGUGACGAAGAUUUGUGCAAUACGCUUUCACCAAAUCAAUGGAAAAACGGUGGAGGCAAAGAAGGCUGAACCUAGAGAUAGUCGUAGCUUGUCCGUGAUUGGAUCAAAUGGUGGUGGUAUGAAUCGUGCUAUGGCUCCAAUUCAAAGUCCGUAUGCCCAAAGCUAUGGUAUGGGAGGAUAUGGUGGUGGUGCUGAUGCUCGUGCUGUGUAUGGGGCUGGUUAUGGUGGUCAGCCUGCUCAAGCAAGUUCGUAUGGUAUACCUGGUUCAUCGGUACCAGCUUCUCAAUACUCUCAAUAUGUUUCAGCCGGUGCUGUCUCAGCUAUUCCUGCCUCGUAUGCUGACCGAAAUGUGGGUGUAUUGUCACAGGAUCCAACUGCUGCUCAAGCCUAUGGAGCUUAUGGUACUUCAAUGACUGGGUAUGCUACUGGAGCUGGUGCUUCAGUGACUGGGUAUGGUCCCGGACCUGGUCGAUACAGUGAACUUCAAGGUAUGCCUCAAUCCUUAUCUUCUCAAUCGCCUGCAGGCCAUCCUAUAAAGACUGAAACUGUGGCGGCAGACUUUGGAUCUGGCUAUGGUGCUUACGGUUUAGGAAGUUAUCCGCAAGAGGCAUCUCAAUAUGGACCAACAAGGGGAGGUCUUUCUGACCCAGGUUAUAUAGGAGGCGCAGCUAGUGCCAAUGCAAUAUCAACGACACCUUACGGUGGCGGAGCUGCUACAAAUGGAGGGGGGGACCUUGCUGGUUAUCCUGCUAAUAUGUAUGAUACCCGUGCUGGUGCUUCUAGGGGUUACCACCCUUAUGGACGAUAAACGCCUAAAUCGCCAGGAUCUUUACCGUGUGAAUUGGCCAUAUGGGCGACAUGUUCUCUUUUAAUCUGUAUAGAAAAAAAGUAGUAGCUGUUUUUAUGAAGACUUAUUUAGUAUUGCUCUACGUUAUAAAAUAAAUGUACUAUAUAUUUCGUAUGCUACUCGAGAAUAGGAAAUCAUAUUUCGUUAAUGCAGUCAA